UUCAUUGCAACCCUGACCUCAGCACCAACAUCUGCUUCCUGAAUUGAGAUGGCUAGCAUGAACAGAAAGCUUCAUUCUGGAAGAAAACAGUGGUUCAGGGCAAGCUAAGUUUGCAAGAGACCCUCACACCAAACAGGCCAGCACAAUGGUUUUACAAAGAGUCUGGACAAGUUCGAUCAUGUGGCUUUUCUACAAUAUGACCUCAGGUUUUCUCACUGAUGGAGCGUCCGUUUUGCCCGCCCCUCAGAACCUCUCUGUACAGUCAACCAACAUGAAGCAUCUCUUGAGGUGGAACCCAGUGACCCAGCCAGGGGAGAUGGCACUCUAUUUUGUGGAAUACCAGGGGGAGUAUGAGAGCCUGUACAUGAGCCACAUCUGGAUCCCCAGCCAGUGCUCACCUACCAAAGGUCUGGAGUGUGAUGUCACCGAUGACAUCACUGCCACAGUGCCCUAUAACUUCAGGGUCAUGGCCAUGCUGGGCUCACAGACUUCAGCCUGGAGCAACCUAGAGCACCCCUUCAAUCGAAAUGCAACUGUCCUCACCCCACCCAGGAUGGAGGUCACUGAACAUGGGCUGCAUCUGGUUAUCGAACUGGAAGACCUGGGGCCCCAGUUUGAGUUCCUUGUGGUCUACUGGAGGAAGGAGCCUGGCGCCACGGAACAUGUUAAGGUGGUAAGGAGUGGGGACAUUCCAGUGCACCUAGAAACCAUGGAACCAGGGGCCAUGUACUGUGUGAAGGCGCAGGCUCUGGUGAAAGCCAUCGGGAGGCACAGUGCCUUCACCCAGCCUACGUGUGUGGAGAUGAAAGGAGAGUCACUUCCGCUGGCACUGGCUCUGUUUGCAUUUGUUGGCUUCAUGCUGAUUCUUGUGGUUAUACUGCUCUCCGUCUGGAAGAUGGGCCAGCUGCUCCGCUAUUCUUGCUGCCCCACUGUUGUCCUCCCAGACACCUUGAAAAUAACCAGUUCGUCCCAGAAGCUAAUCAGCUGCAGGAAGGAGGAGGUGGACACCUGUGCUGUGGCCGUGCUGUCCUCGGAGCAUCUCUUUGGGGUCUGGAUCUCACAGACUUGAGAAGGACCUGAUGGAUUAACAGCCUGGUCUGCAGGACCCAGAACCCUGUAUGGGGAGGGUUGUGUUUCUGUUUUCCUCUGUGGACAAGAGAAGUAACGGGAGCCUGCUGUGUGCAUGGCUAGCAGCAACCGUCAGAGGCAAAGUGGCGUGACCAACGGAGAGUGACAGAAAUAGUCUGGAGAAGUGAUCCCCAGACCCACAGUUAGCAUAUACUCACUGAACGACCGUGGAGAAAAUGGCUUCAUCCCUGUGGAUCCCCGCUUUGUCACCUGUAGUGGGGAUCAACCAGACUGUUAAAUGGUUUCCUCCCCUCUUCUCCGUAUAUAUACAAACCAGCACGUUCAGGGUGGCAAGGAGACUGGUGGCGCUGUGCAUGUGAGUUCAGCUUUGGUGGACUGUGGGGUGUACGUGUGUACUAAGAAUAAUAAGAGUACUCAGAACUGAAUGCAUAAUCUCAGCACUUAGGAGGAGCAGGAGAGAAAAUCUCAAGUUUGCCGCAGCCUGGAUGACACACUGAAACCCUGUCUGAAGUAAACAACCGAACAACCAAGAAUAGUAAAACUCCUUUUAUCAAACCAAACUCAGACCACUGUUGGUUUGGACUUCCCUCUUUACCAGAGGAAACCUGAGGAGGGCCAUUUCACUUCAAGCCAAAUCCUGGCUGGAAUGAUAGGUCAGCUCUGCUGAGGGUGACAUCGAGGGAGGCCAUAGGCCGUCCAUGAUGGGACAUGUGUGGAUGUUGCUGUGGGUUCAUGAAAUGUCAUCAGAUCCCAGGAACUUGUCUACAGCAAAUCCCACAAGCUCUCUUCCUAAGGACAGUUCACUCAGGGUUUCUCAGCCCCUCCCAGAUGCUCACCUGGAACCCCUGACUCUCUAGUCAUUACCAUUUCUUACUACCUUUAGGCAAGGAGGUAAGGAUGGGGGACAGCUUCCGUCAGAGGAGGAUGAAGGGAGGUGACCUCAUCUCUCCCUUCAGAGUCAGGCUCACCACCACCUUUCAACUCUAGAACCUGGAGCUGGCUUGUCUUUGUCCCAACUUCCUGGGCUUCUCCAGCCAGACUUCAACCAGGUUCUUCCCAUCCAUCUUCAGCACAGAAGCCUGUGGCCCUUGGGGACUCCAGGAGAAAGGAUGGCUAGGUAGGUGUGUGGGCUGAGCCUCCCUGCCUUUGUUCUGUUUUGUAUAUUUCCGCCUUGACUCUUUUGUGAAGUGAGUUUUAGUUUCAUAUUUAAACUGGUUUGGAAACAUAUGUGCUGUUUACAGAAUUAAAAUUGCAUACCAGUA